AUGUCGACUCAUAUGAAACACACAAUAGUUUCAGUGGAACAGUGAGAACUUCGGAAGAGUUUCUAAUUUACUGAAGCUUCGAUAUCACACAAUAUGUCGGCGUGUGGCUGCGAGAGCACCGCCUACUAUGGGCCAAAUCUACAUGAGGCCUGUCCUGGAGCCAAUUUCAUAGUGUUCAUGUCAUUAGUAGAUGCUGUCGUUCGUAGUCUUUGCGACGUAUCUCAAGUUUGCGAAAGAGUGACACCGAGAACAGUACCAGAACUAGAGUAUGAUUUUAUAGUUAUCGGAACCGGAGCUGGUGGUGCUACUGCAGCCGGACGAUUGGCAGAGGAAGCUCGAUGGAAGAUACUCGUGCUGGAAGCCGGACCUGAGACGCCUGUUGGUAUGAACUUACCUGUAAUGAAUCAUCCCUUUGAUUCCGGUCAAGAUAUCCAUUGGGGAAUCACAUCCGAUUUCAACAAACCUAGCAUCGUUGAUUGGGGAUACAAAACUGAACCCGAGUCUGUAGCUUGUCAAGGUUUUCCUGAUAAGAGGUGUUCCUACUUCAGACCAAAAGUUGUUGGUGGUUCUACAACAAUAACAGGUAGCUACUUGAGAGGUCUUCCCAGGGACUACGAUGAGUGGGAAGCAAUGGGCAACAAGGGUUGGGGCUACAAAGACGUCCUACCAUUCUUCAAACGAUCAGAAAAUAACACAGAAAUGGAGAAACGAAACUUAGAUCCUGCAUUCCAUGGGACUAACGGUCCACUCACCAUUGAGAGUUAUGGCUGGGAGCCGCCUAUUCAUCAAGACUUUUUGGACGUUGCUAAAUCACAAGGUUAUGCAGUGAGCGUGGAUCUCAAUGACGCGACGAAGGGUACUGGAUUUUCUAGAAUGCAAGGAAAUGUCAGACAUGGUGUGAGACAGAGUGCAGCUGCUGCAUUCCUUCAUCCUCACCGUGACAACCCCAAUCUUCACCUGAUGGUGAACUCGACCGUUACCAAACUCACUUUCGAAGAUCACGACCAAGUGUCUGGCGUCGAAUUCACUUACCAGGGUCAAACCCAUAGGGUAAAGGCCACCAAAGAAGUAAUUUUGGCUGCUGGACCCAUCAACACACCUCACUUGCUGAUGGUAUCUGGAGUUGGACCAAAAGAGGAACUAGAAAAAGUUGGCAUCAAAGUAAUUCACGAACUAGAGGGAGUUGGCAAAAAUCUCACUGAUCACGUGUCAUUAGGACUCAUAUAUGACAUGAUUGCGUUGGGGUUGCAUUUCAAUGGAAUGAACAUCAAUAAUGUGAAUAGGUAUAAAAAUGGAAGAGAAGGAGUAUUCUCAGCACCAGGUAUGCGACCAAUUACUGCUAGAGUUAAUUCCAGCCAAACAGAUGCAUCUGAUCCAGACCUUCUGUUCAUGUUUCUUGGCUUUAUUCCAAAAUGCGGCCGAACAGGCAGUCCCCAGGAGUUCUUCGAUCCAGAACAUCCAGAUGAUCCUAAUGACUUCAGAAUAUCUCCAACUGUCAUCAAUCCGAAAAGUAGGGGACACGUUUCAUUGAAUUCCAGUAACCCAUUGGAUAAGCCUCUCGUGACUGGAAAUUAUCUGACAGUUGAACACGAUCAAAAACUAUUAUUGGAGGGAAUUCGAAUGGUCAAUAAAUAUGUAUUGACAAGUGAUGUUUUCAAAGCAAAAUAUGGUUUGGCAUUGAAGAAGGGUAUUUAUGGAGACUGUGAUCAGAAGCACGAGCAUGAUUCGGACGAAUACUGGAUCUGUGCUAUGAAACACGAAACUCUUAUAGCACAACAUCUGACUUCCUCCUGCAGGAUGGGACCAAGCUCAGACAAAUUUGCCGUUGUGAAUCAGCAACUUCAGGUCCAUGGACUAAAGAAUCUCAGAAUCGCCGAUGAAUCUGUUUUCCCUAAGACGAUUUCAUCUGAUCCAUGGGCUACAACGAUGAUGAUUGGUGAACGUGCUGCUGAAUUUGUCAAAGAGAAGCAUGGCAAUUGAAUUCCACUCCGAAUGAUUAGAGUGGCCAUUGUUGCGAAUAUAUCAGAAUAUAUUGCAGUUCAAUAAAGGAAUACUAUAUUCAAUAGCAGU